AUGGCAAAAAGUGAUAAUGAGCCCUUUUAUGUGAAAUUUGUCAAUUCAUCUGACAAUACGAAGUUCUUCUACGAAGCACAUGAGGAAAUCAAGGCAUUUCAGUCAGAUGAAUAUCUACUGUUAAUUGAGGAAAAGGAGGCCCUCGCUUUAAAAGAAAAAGACAAAUCUCUCUAUGUAUGUGAUCCUUUCAGUGGUGCUGCCUUUAACCAUCUAAAAAAGCUCGGUUGUAGAAUUGUUGGACCCCAGGUUGUAAUAUUCUGCAUGAAGCAUCAGAGAUGUGUUCCACGAGCAGAGCAUCCUGUCUUCAAUAUGGCAAUGGCAGAUGUCACAGUUUCGUGCACAAGCCUUGAUAAAGAAACCAGGGAAGAGGUUCAUUUCUAUGUUCAGAUAAUGGGGUGGAUGUGUCUACCGAGAUCUUAAUGUUUCAGUCAGCCAUCUGAUUGCUGGUGAAGUGGGCAGCAAGAAAUACCUUGUGGCAGCCAGUCUUAAGAAACCCAUUCUUUUCCCUACAUGGGUGAAGGCCCUGUGGGAUAAGUCACAGCAGAGGAUAAUUAGCUACAAAGAUUAUAUAGACUUGGAGCCAUAUUUAUGUCCAAUUUUCCUUGGUUGCACCAUAUGUGUAACUGGGUUAAGCAGUCUGGAUAGGAAAGAGGUUCAGAGGCUGACCUCUUUACAUGGAGGACAGUAUACAGGACAGCUGAAGAUGAAUGAGUCCACACAUCUUAUUGUGCAAGAGGCAAAAGGUAAAGGCUCCACUUUUCAGUUUAGCAUUAAAGUUGCUAUGUUCAUUUU